CGUGCGCAGCGUUCAUGCAGUGCCCGCCGGGCGAGCGGCCCUGCGCCGACGGCACGGGCUGCCUGCUGGAGGCGCUGUGGUGCGACGAUUCGGUGCACUGCCCCGACGCCAGCGACGAGGCGCAGUGCUCGUGCCGCGUGCGCGUGCGCCGCGACCGCCUCUGCGACGGAUUCUUCGACUGCCCGCUAGGCGACGACGAGCAGGGCUGCGGCGCGUGCCCGCCUGCGACAAUGCAGUGUGGCGACCCGGCACAGGCCACGUGCGUGCCCCUGGAGCAGCGCUGCGACGGCGUCGUCCACUGCCCCGACGGUCGCGACGAGAUCGAAUGCUCCGCGCUCGUCGACACCGUGGGCCCGCUGCCGGAAUUCCCCGUAACGGUUGCUGACCAAGGACUGCUGCACCGGAACUGGCGCGGUGUGUGGUACCCCGCUUGCGGUGAAACAGAGCCGUGGGGUAAGGAAGUCUGCACCGGCGAAAUAUGGCCCAUAUUAGGGAACAUGCAGGUGCACCGCGUGCCGGCGCACGGCUACCCGGGCCCCUGGGUGCACGUGGACGGCGCGGGCGCCGUGACGGUGGUGCCGGCGUGCCCCCAGGGCGCCAGCCUGGUGCUGUGCCCGCACCCGCCGUGCGGCACGCGCGUGCAGACGGCCACGCACCUGGCGCAGCACACGGGCCACGCGCGCCAGAGCGCCGACGCGCCGGCCGCCGCGUGGAGCGACGCCGUCGGCCAAGGGCUCAGGGAGCGCGCCGCCGGCGACGCCGCCGACCUCCCGCCGCCGCCGGCGUCCUCAUCCUCGCCCUCUCCACCCACGCCCCCGACCACGCGCUCUCCUCGUGGGUACAGUAGCACGCCAGCGCCACACAACGAAACGGGGCUGUCUGCACUGGAGGCGUCGAGCCCACUGCCCUCACCGGAAGACGAGCGGCUGAGGCUCCUAGACAGCACGACGUCGCAGCCGCCGCCCGAGGCCUCCAACGAGGACGCAGAUGAAGACACUGAAAAGGACGCGGACCAGCACUCGACCGACGAGGACAACGGCGAGGUUGUCAAAGACCAAGACAAAGACAAGGGCAAGGAGAAGAGCAAGGGCGAGGGCGAGGACGAGGGCGACGCCGAGGGCGCCAAGGCGACGGACAUGACGUACCUCCGCGGCGAGCGCAUCGUGGGCGGCUCGCCCAGCCUGCCCGGCCGCUGGCCCUGGGUGGUGGCCAUCUACCGCGACGGCACCUUCCACUGCGGCGGGGCCGUGCUCGAGGCGCAGUGGAUCAUGACGGCCGCGCACUGCGUCGACAAGUGGGAGACGCACUUCUACGAGGUGCGCGCGGGGCUGCUGCGCCGCUCGUCCUUCUCGCCCAUGGAGCAGCAGCGGGCGGUGGCGUUCGUGGUGGCGCACGAGCACUACGACCGCGCCGACAUGGUGCACGACCUGGCGCUGAUGCGGCUGGCGGCGCCGCUGCGCUUCAACCGCUGGGUGCGGCCGGCCUGCCUGCCCGUGGCCGCGUCGGGCGAGGCGCGCGAGCCCCGCGCCGGCACCUCCUGCACCGUCGUCGGCUGGGGCGCCGUCCGCGAGCGCGGGCCCGACCCGGACCACCAGCAGGAGGUGCAGCUGCCGGUGCUGGCGCGCUGCAAGCACGCGGAGGACCGCGCGGGCGGGCUGCUGUGCGCCGGGGUGCCCGAGGGCGGGCGCGACGCCUGCCAGGGCGACAGCGGCGGCCCGCUGCUCUGCCAGGCGGCCGACGACCGCAGCCGCUGGUACGUGGCGGGCGUCGUGUCGCACGGGGAGGGCUGCGCCCGGCCCGACGAGCCCGGCGCCUACACGCGCGUCAAGCUCUACCUCGACUGGAUCAAGCAACACACCGAGCCGUCGCACCUGCCGCCGCGGCGCCCCAAGCAGCGCUGCCCGGGCUUCCAGUGCCCCGGCGGGCGCUGCCUGCCCGUGCGCUACCGCUGCGACCGCUUCCCCGACUGCCUGCGCGCCGAGGACGAGCUGCACUGCCCGUUCCGCUUCAAGGGCAUGGCCGUGGCGGCCACCCUGCGCGUGCGCGGCUUCGAAGAGGACCCCCGCGCCGCCGGCGCGCGCGCGCAGGGAGAGAAGGCGCUCAUCAUGGCGGACGGCACGCUGCUGGCACGCGCCGGCGACGGCGACAGCGCCGGCGGCGACGCGUCUGCCCUCAACGGCUCGCUUGCGCUUGCCCCUCCCACCUCGACGCCGAGGACCGCACCGGGGCAGUGGUCGUCGGAUGGAAUUUCAGCGGUGAAGACGACUGAACGUCCUUCUUCUGGACCUGACUACAAACACGCAAUUGACGUGCAAGCUGUUCCCAGGAACUCCACUCUUGAACUUUCACUACCUACUCCAAUGCUUGAUUUCUCGCCAGAGGACUUUUCUUCCGAAAAUACGUUCACUGUUGGAGAGUCGCAUGCGUUAUUAGGUCAAUCGUUCACCUCCCUUCCGACAUCAACCCAACCUAGCAAAUCUCCCGACUUGCAGCAUGCAUCAACAUCCGUUGCUCCUCCCACAAUGGCCGUACAUAUCGGUUCUUCCACGGUGAACGUAUCUCCUACGCCCCAAACAAUACAUCAGGAUAAUACUACAACUACGCUCAAAGGCAUCGUUGUGAAUACCUCUCCUGCACAUACAUUCUCUUCGGAUUCUUCACAUCAGCCUUCUCCGGUAGGUCAUAUUUCAUCUUUAGCAACAUCAACAUCUUCAGCAACGAAUGUAGGUUCGACCGUGUCUCCACCAGAAGUGAUCACUUCAGCUAGUUCUACGGUUCCUUCCAAUGAUCUAGAGAAUGCUCCGCAUGGGUCAGGGGGUACUACCUUUUUCGGCAAUGAGCUUGCCAACGUGGAUUCUUCAAGGUCGAUGCAAGAUCAGAAAGGUGAGCAAAUUCAAAAUGAUCAAGAAAAGUCAUUUAAGUCUAAUGCACAAAAUUCGCCAUUAGUAUCACAAUCUUCCACUCGUAAUAUAUUAAAUGAAGUAUAUCCUGUUGUCGAAAUUGAAGAAACAAGUGCUCCGGGAAAUGCUUCAUUGAUAGCCAAUUUUCCACAUUCUAGUGUAUGGUAUGUUCAUCCAGGUGGUACAAAAGACGAAGAGAGCUCUUCAAAUGGAAUUGUUACACACAGAGCCGAAACUGGCAGACAAAAUGCUGAGUCUGUCGGAGACAUUCCCAUUCCGAAUGCAAAUACAGAAACAAGUAACCCAAAUUUUGUAAACACUGCUCCCUCCAUCGAAAGUUCGAUUGAUGAAACUAAAAAUAUUCCUAUUACUGUCAGUGAAAGUGAAUUUGCCGAUGAUUCCAGUUCGUCCGGAAAUUCCGCGGCAACAGAUGUAACAACCAAUUUAGUUACAGGUGUUUUAGUUCAGAGUUUUGAAACUACUGAAGCUUCUGAAGGAUUCACUAUUCAUAAAGAGCCAGUGACCUCAGAAACAACAGUGGUUGUCGUCACUCCAAUGCGUGGUGAUCAACAUCCAGGUGAAGACGAGCUGGAACCCAAUACCAGUGACGUCACCACCACGUUGAUGCCAACUACUGAAGAACCAUCAACAACAGAUCCCGCGGUGGAAACGACAACGAGCACGGAAGAAACCUCAUCAACAUAUGAUCAAUCAACUUCACCCACGUACAUUACUAUGCAAGGAUCUUCCUCGUACGGAAAUGUGCCGGGGAAUAAUUUAGGCCUCACGGGACCUUCUCAAGACGACAGCUCCUCCGGAACACAUGGAGAUCCAGCAACAGACACCGAAAACUCUUCGUACGUUUCUGGAAACAUCGUCACCACGGAAUACACGCCCACGUUGCAGAUCCCGGCUCCAGGUUUCGGACAGAUAGACUCCCCUACGGAGAGCACUAACCUGGUGCCCAACCCUCACUCGGAUCUUGACGACCACGAAGGCCUCCACACCCCGGCCCCCCUCCCGUCCACAGCCUUCGGCUCCACCAUGUGGGAAGACUCUCGGCCCCACUCACCCGUCGCAGCAUACGACUUCGGGUCGGAGAGCAGCCAUCCGGUCACUGCAGUGUCCGCCGCCAACACCGCGUUUCCACCCGACUCUACGACCGCCCUCGAGGUCUCUGGAGGCGCCGAUGACCACGCCCCCCAAGGUUCUCUCGGCGACGACGGGGCAGCGGCGACGGCCCCUAGCGCCGAGAGCGGCGCGACCGAGGAACCACCCGACUUCGUAGACAGGAACCUAGUGGCUUCUACGGAGCAGCCACCAGAGGAAGCGGUGACGCACGCCGGUGCGCUGCAGCCCAGCAGCUCGCGGCCGCCACCCGCUCCGCCGAAGGCCCCCAAGCUCUUCAUGUGUUCCAAGCUGGCGCAGCGGCUGCCGGGGGAGCUGCGCUGCGACGGACGCGCAGACUGCGUGGACGGCAGCGACGAGGAGCGGUGCAGCUGCGUGGAGCGGCUGCGCGCCUCCGCUCCCGCCGCGCUCUGCGACGCGCACGCCGACUGCCACGACGGCUCCGACGAGGAACAUUGUGGCUUCUGCGGAGCGGACGAGUUCCACUGCGCGCGCAGCAGGCGCUGCGUGCCGCUGGCGAGCGUCUGCGACCACACCGUCGACUGCCCGCACGAGGAGGACGAGGCGGAGUGCUUCGCCUGGCGCCGCAGGUGCGCGUGCUGCACGUGAGCGGGGGCGGCGCAGGGCGCGGGCGUCGGGGUGCUGGUGUACCGCGCCGCGGCGCGAGCGGGCGCGCGGCGCCUCUUUUCCGCUGUGCGCCAAGGACUCCAGCCCGCCGCUCGCGCUCGCCGUCGACGCCUGCGCCUACCUCGGCUUCAGUGGGUACGACAGUUUUGGAGAAGUGAAUGUGCACGAUGAGCAAAUGCUCGUUGUGCCCUUCGGUAGGAACCAGUCUGAAGCCCAAGAAAAUGGCGUAAGUUUCUUCACCGGAGAGGCUGUAUCAGUAAUUGCUGCGAGAGACUUUGAGAUCUCUAAUACUGCUUCCAUUGGCAACACAGAGCCAGGGAACGGCAGGACAGGAGAGGCCCCGACCUGCACGGGGCUGUGGGUGCAAUGCUCGGGGCGGCCGGCCGGACUGCUCGACUCAUUCCAGGUGAGCCCGCUGGCGACGGCGCAGGCAGAGGAGGGGGCGGGGGCGGGGCCGCUGUUCGUGGACGCGCCCGACGCAUACGCCUGGCCGUGGGAGGCCGCCGUCUACGUGGACGGCGCCUUCGCUUGCGGCGCCGCGCUGCUGCACGAGCAGUGGCUGCUGGCGGCGCCCGACUGCCUCCACGACAUC